AUGUCCAAGCGACCAAGAUUCAUGACGAAAAGUGGCGAGUGCAAUAUCCGCCACGAUGCAAAAGAGAAAACGAAGCGGUUUUUGCAGGACUUUUUCACGACUCUAGUCGACCUGAAAUGGACCUAUUCUCUUGGAGUUUUUCUCAGCUAUUUGACUGCUUUUCUCUUCUUUCUCGAAACAGAAACGACCGUCGGCUACGGCCGGAGAAACAUACAGUCUAACUGCCCAGAGGCUGUGCUCGCCCUCGUGAUCCAAUGCUUGAUCGGAACAUUUGUGGACGCCGUAAUGGUCGGUUGUAUUUUCAUCAAGCUCUCAAAACCCACAAAUCGAACGGACACACUCAUCUUUAGCACCGAUGCUGUCAUUUCUCAACGCGAUGGAAAAUAUUGUCUGAUGUUUCGGGUGGGAAACUUGCGUAGCUCCUUGAUUGUUCAGUGCAGAAUUCGGGCUAAGUUCGUGAAAAACAAGCAAACAACAGAGGGCGAAUUUAUUCCACUUAUGCAAACAGACAUGAACGUAGGAUUCGACACCGGAGCUGACAAACUCUUCCUGGUUACACCGCUAAUUGUCUGCCAUGAAAUCAACGAAAAGUCACCGCUCUGGGAAAUGUCAGAAGAAGACAUCAACCAGAAGCACUUUGAAAUCAUCGUCAUUUUAGAAGGCAUUGUUGAAUCAACCGGAAUGAUCUGUCAAGCGCGCACGAGCUACUUGAACACAGAGACAAAAUGGGGCUUUCGAUUCAUGCCGAUGCUCUUUCAAUCGCAGCAUCAUUUCACUGCUGAUCAUUCGAACUUUAACUCCACCUACGAAAUACGAAUGCCUGCUGUAUCCGCAAGCCUCCGGGAAAAACUGCAAAAAGACCCAUUCUACAAAGACCGGAAAAAACUCACGAUCAAUCGCUACAAAAGCCUUCCCCUUCAUCAUCAACAUCGAAACUCCAAAUUUUCAACAAUGGAAGAGUAA